AUGUAUGCGCAACUUCUCAAAGACAUUCUUCUUGACAUGAAACGUAAUGAUGCUACAAAGUCAGACAUGAUUGAUGCUUGUCGAAAAUGGCUUCUAGAAAAUGGACAUGAAGAUGAUUUAGCGAUAGUUAAUGAGUUCGAGAGAGACUACAAUGAUCCAACUCUAGCUAUUUUGUGGUACACUCGUCCCACCUUUCUGUAUACUCUCUUGAACAAAGCAUUAAGAGAACAAGACAUUGAUCUUCUGUACAGCUUUCGUUUUUUUAUCAAAGAUUUACACGAACAGUUGUCUGUCUUACAUCCUGACUACAUUAAAACUCUUGGGAAGACUAAAACACUGACAGUCUACCGCGGUCUAGGUAUCUUUCCGGUUGAGUUCGAUAAAAUUAAAAACAACGUUGGCGGUUUCUUGUCAAUGACCAGUUUCUUGAGCACGAGUACGAACAAAGAAGUCGCAGUCGGCUUUGCACAGCAUCCUGUCCAUGGUAAAGAUGCGGUCCUGUUGCAAAUGAACGUUGAUGUUGACAAGUGUAAAACAGCAUUUGUUGAUAUUCAGGACUUGAGUUUCUACAAAACGGAAGCGGAAGUUCUUUUCACCACGGGCACUGUCUUUAAAAUUAUAUCCGUCGUACAGCAACCAAACGGAAUAUGGAAUGUCCAAUUGAAACUAACGGGUGAAGAAGACGAACAACUUCGAAAAUUAACGAAACAUAUGAAGGCUACGAUUGAAGUAACAUCACACCCGCUUCUCAACUUAAUUUUAUUGCUUCGCCAUAUGGGACAAUUCAAUAAAGUUGAACAGUUCUGUAAGUUAGCCCUACAAGAUCCUACAAUUACAUCUGAUGGUUUGAUCCUCUCCGAAGUCUACAAUACGCUUGGACACACUUACUUUGUAAUCAGUAGUGAUUUCGACAGAACAAUAGAAAUUUAUGAAAAAGGCUUAGAAUUACGAAUACGGCAUACAUCGCCAGACAAUCCCGCUUUAGCGCCGACAUAUAACAGUUUGGGGGAAAUUUAUUUGGUGCACGGUGACCUAGAUCGUGCUCUAACAAUUUUUAAGAAAGCAUUACAUCUUCAACUGAAUGCACCAACACCUAAUCAAAAACAGAUUGGAAUAUAUUUUGCUAACAUUGGAACGGUGUACUUGAAACAAGAACAUUACUCAGAAGCAUUAGAAAUGUACGAAAAAUCUCUGAAAAUCCGGCUGCAAAUUCUGCCCAGUACUAGUCCCGACAUUGCAGUGUCAUACGUUAAUAUUGGAUCAGUUUACUAUGAACAAAAGGACUAUAAUAAAGCGAUUGAAUAUUACAAAAAAACACUUGAAAUUCAGUUAAGCUCACUUCCAAUAUAUCAUCUAACAUUAGCUAUAACGUAUUACAACUUGUGUUGGGCACACUACCAAAAAGGUAGCCUUGUCGAAGCUCUAGACUGGAUGAAGAAAGCGAAUGAAAUUUUUUGCAAAAAUUAUCCAUCUGACCAGGUCGAUGUAGUGCAGAGUCAAGGAUAUAUUGACCAUAUUGCAAAGGAGCUGCACUAG